GCGACCAGCAGUGUUAAUCCAGCAAUUUCCGAGCUGUUAUUCCUACCGAUGGUUCAGAAAAUCAAGGAACAGCUCUACAUCACGGAGGCACGCAAGUACUGGCUUCCUGGUGACAAAAAUCCGAUGGACGCAUUGACAAAACCAAAGAAACGAACGCAGAAGACGACGGCGAUCCUGAUGGAAAUUUUGAAAACGGGACGGAUACACCCUC